UUGGCGUGUUAUAAAAUUACUUGGCUCUGGAGGAUUUGGAGAUGUUUACAAAGUUCAAAAAAAGGAUAACCCAGAUAAAACGGAGUCAGCGAUGAAAACCGAAAUGACGUUCGGUAACCGCCAAAUGCUACGACUGAAAAUCGAAGUAAUGGUGCUAAUGAAAUGUCAUGAACAGACGGAUCCGAAAAAAAAGGAGCAUUUCGUCGCUUUCUUCCUGGUGAUGGGCUUAGUUGGGCCAUCACUGGAAGAUAUUCGGAAAAAGGAUCUUGUAAGAAACUACACGAAGUCUACGGCGAUGCAGUGCUGCAUUCAGACGAUGAUCGCAUUGCGUGAUCUGCAUGGAAUAGGCUAUCUGCACAGGGAUAUAAAGCCUCAGAACUAUGCCAUCGGACUCGGCCCUAAAGAAUCAACAAUAUACAUGCUAGAUUUUGGAAUAGCGAGGAAAUUCACGGAAGAAAACACAAGAAAGAUAAAGGUACCCCGAAUAAAAGUGCACUUCUUGGGAACACUGAGAUUCGCCUCACGAGCUUGUCACAAGCAAAUCGAACAGGGACCAAAAGACGACAUGGAAUGCUGGUUGUACAUGGUAUGGUAUCUACGUAACUCUUUGGCCGCCAUUUCGAAAGAAGCUAGGGUAGACUUUUCGAAGCCACUUGACUGGGCUGGUAUCACUAAGAGGCGUGCAGAGAAGGCGGAGAAGGAGCUUCAAGUUUCCAGGAAGACGAGCGCGGGGACACGUCUUCAGACAAUAAACAACAAGAAACUGGUUCUGGAGAAAAUCAAGAAAGGCAAAGGUCUUCGAAGAGGUAUGUUCCUUAGUGAUGGAAAUAUGAAGACACUAAGGUGCAAUAUGGAACACCUACUUUCGAUCGUGCCAUUCACUAGUCAACUUUACUUGCCCAUAGACCCACCACGUUAA